AUGGUUUCGAAAAAGAUUUAUGUAGAUGACAUCAUAUUUGGAUCCACAAAUGAAUCCUUAUGUGAAGAAUUCUCAACAAUCAUGCAAGGAGAAUUUGAAAUGUCCAUGAUGGGUAAAUUGAACUACUUCCUUGGGUUGCACAUCAAACAAACAAAGGAAGGGAUAUUCAUCAAUCAAUCUAAAUACUACAAAGAACUUCUCAAAAGAUUUGACAUGGAUUCUUGCAAAGAUAUGGCCACUCCAAUGGGAUCGGGGACAUAUCUUGAUCAGGAUGAAUCUAGAACUCCAAUUGAUAUCACUAAGUAUCGAGCUAUGAUUGGUUCCUUGUUAUAUCUAACGGCUAGUCGACCUGAUAUUAUGUUUAGUGUAUGUUUAUGUACUCGAUUUCAAGCAUCUCCAAAGGAAUCUCAUCUCACUGUUGUAAAGAGAAUAAUGAAGCAUUUCAAAGGAACAUCCAAUGUCGGCUUAUGGUACCCCAAAGGUAGUAUAUGUAGUCUUGUUGGUUUCUCUGAUGCAGAUUAUGCAGGAUGCAAAACAGACAGAAAAAGCAUGAGUGGAACAUGUCACAUUUUUGGAAAUGCUGUACUUUCAUGGUCAUGUAAAAAUCAAGCAAGUGUGGUUCUCAGCACCACUAAAGUAGAAUAUAUUGCCGCUGGUAGCUGUUGUGCUCAAAUUCUUUGGUUAGAGCAACAACUUCGCGACUAUGGUAUAAACCUAGGAAGAAUCUCUCUCUAA